GGAAACCUCUUUUUCAAUUUAUAGUCGCGAAUUUUUAAUAUUUUCUGUCAUAAGCUGUAUCAAACUAAUAAAGUUACGUUCAAGAAAAAAAAGUAAAGAACCUUAUUAUCGUGACUCACUCAUUGUGAAUGAUAAAAGAUUCGAAAAUAUAUCAAAAUUCUCAUCACAUUUAAAUCAUUGUCUGAUAAAACAUUAUAAUAUUGGAUCAGCAGUAAUAGAAAUAAAAUCGUAACAUCAAUUAAGGAAAGUGUAACAUCUCAACUAAGUGACUUAAUUGAGCAAACUAAAACUUGUUCCAGUUCUUUAAUACUAUAAAUAAAUAAGGACAAAUGGAUGAAUUGACUGAAAAUUUACAAAAACUUAACAUGAUUCGAUCUAAAUUUGAUCAAAACAAAGACUUGAACAAAACAUCAAUUUAUGAUACAGGCAAUGUAUCCAAAAAGCAAGGUCCAAUGGUUCCACCAAAACCGAAAAAGCACGAUGUAUCAUCAAGUGAAGGAAGUGCACCGCUUGUUCCACGAAGUCAAAAUAUAAACAAGAUUUGUAAGCCUUCAUAUGCAUCACUGAUUGGACCUUCAUCUGACGAUCCUCAUAUUUACGCAAACUCCCAAUAUGAAGGGAAACUCAACAAGACUACAUUAGAUGAUGCAGUUCAACUUCAAUUAAAGAAGGAAGCUCUCGAACAUCGAAAGAAGAUUUUAGAAUACAAUAAGAAUUUGUAUGCUAAUGGGCAAAAGUUUUACGAAAAUGUUAGUCAAAAUGAAGCCCAUCAGCCGAGUAAAUUGAUUUACUCAAACAUAAUUCCACCACCGCCACCAUUGGAUGUAAAUGUACAUCCAGAACAAGAUGAUGAAGAGUUUCCACCACCACCAAGUCCCGUAAGUUCAUCUUAUAGUGAACUUCGUCGUGCGACUGAUAACAACGGAUCUAAUGGAUAUGCCACAACAAUCAUGCCACCACCAAUCAAUCAUCAAUAUCGAAUUGGAAACGUAACAACGAAUCAUCAUCAUCAAAUUAAAAACCAAACAUAUUCAAACGAUUACGGAAUUUACGGUCCAUCAUCACAAAAUUCAACGACUUACGAGUCGAUUUAUGAGCCUAUCAAUCCUCGUCCACCAUCACAAAUGUCUUCACGCUCAAAUUAUUCUCUUUAUGCGCCAUAUGUUGAUGGGAUGUGCAGCAAUAGUUCAUCGAUGCAAAGGCUCCCGAUUAUCAAUCAGGAAUCAGAAGUUGAUGCUUUAACUGAUUUACUGGUUCAAUCAAUGCAUCAAGCGAAUCCUGAAUCUGAUAAUUAUGGGACAUGCGUUAAAUGUUGUGGUGCUGUAAGUGAAACUUCUGGUUGUACUGCAAUGGAGAAAAUUUAUCACAUAACUUGCUUUACUUGCCAUCAAUGUCAAAUUAAUUUACAAGGAAAACCAUUUUAUGCUCUUGAUGGAAAGCCAUUCUGUGAAGAAGAUUAUUUGAAUACUUUGGAGAAGUGUUCAGUUUGUCUCGAGCCAAUUCUUGAGAGAAUCUUGAGAGCAACGGGAAAACCUUACCAUCCACAAUGCUUCACUUGCGUUGUUUGUGGUAAAAGUUUAGAUGGAAUUCCAUUUACAGUCGAUGCAACAAAUCAGAUUCAUUGUAUUGAAGAUUUUCAUAAAAAAUUUGCACCACGAUGUUGUGUUUGUCAAAAGCCGAUAAUGCCAGAACCGGGUCAAGAUGAGACAAUUCGUGUUGUUGCUUUAGAUCGGAGUUUCCACAUAAACUGCUACAAAUGCGAGGAUUGUGGUUUACUUCUUUCAUCGGAAGCUGAAGGUCGCGGAUGCUUUCCACUUGACGAUCAUGUUUUGUGUAAAAAUUGUAACGCAAAGCGCGUUCAAAAACUCACAAGUUUCAUCUAAAAUCUUAAAUAAUUUUAAAAGAAAUGUUUCGUCCAAUUUUAGCGUGUUGAAGUAAUUUUCUAUUCCACUUUAUAAGAACAUCGAAGGUCUGAUCGUUGUAGCAACAAUUUCACGUGAAAAUGUUCUUACUUAACUCUAAUCAAUCAUCUUUAGCUUAAAUUGCUUUUCUGUGAUUUAUUUUCCUCAACAAUUCUUUGCUUAUCGUUAGUCAUGAAGCAAAGUAAAUAAAUACUUAAAAAUAUUCUUUUGUGAUUUCUUCGCAUUCCAUUUUCGAUAACUUUAAACAUCAUUAAAUAAUAUUUAAGUGCAUCAAUUUUUAACACUUCCAAUAGGAUUAUCUUCUAUGUAGAAUUAAAAAACAUAAUUAUGAUAUAAAAAGUAAUUAUCGGUGUUUAUCAGGAAAAAAUACAAAUAAAUAAAUAAAUAUUAAUCACUGAC